AUGCGUAGCAAAGGAUUUCGUUCACUGAUUGAUGUACGAAGCGAACUGAAAUCUGAACUUGUCAAAGAUCAAGCGAGAAUGCUCGGCAUCGCACAAUGGAAACGAUUUGAUGUGUUGAAUCGAUAUUUGCGCGGUUUUCGACCGGGCGAAAUGACCGUAAUCACGGGUGGAACGGGUUUCGGCAAAACAACGUUUGUUUGUGAAUAUGCACUCGAUCUUCUCAUCCAGGGUGUCCGUACGCUGUUCUGCAGUUUCGAAAUGCCAGAUGAAAAAAUCUUAAAGUGGAUGCUUGUUCAAUUUGCCGCGUAA